AUGACCUCAGACGGUCGAGCCAACUCCCCUGCUGUAAGGCAGGCCAAUCCACGGCUCCACUCCCCCACUUUGCACCGAGAUCGGCUCCGUGACAGGCGGAUGGCAUCCGGGUCCUGGGCACCCUCGGCUGCCCCCCUGGCUGCUGCACUCCCUGGGAUGCCCCAGUCACCCCCGGCUGCCCCCCUACCUGCUGCUCCCCCUGGGGUGCUCCGAGCACCCUCGGCUGCCCUCCUGCCUGCUGCACUCCCUGCCCUCCUCCUUGCUGCACUCUCUGGGGUUCCCCAGGCACCAUCGACUGCCCUCCUGCCUGCUGCACUCCCUGGGGUGCUCCGGUCACCCCCGGCUGCUCCCCUACCUGCUGCUCGCCGUGGGGUGCUCGGGUCACCCCCGGCUGCCCCCCUAGCUGCUGCUCUCCCUGGGGUGCUCCGGUCGCCCCCGGCUGCCCCCCAGCCUCCUGCUCUCCCUGGGGUGCUCCAGGCAUCUUCGGCUGCCCUCCUACCUGCUGCACUCCCUGGGGUGCCCCGAGCACCCUCGGCUGCCCUCCUGCCUGCUGCACUCCUUGGGGUGCCCGGGGCACCCUCGGCUGCCCUCCUGCCUGCAGCACUCCCUGGGGUGCCCCGGGCACCCUCGGCUGCCCUCCUGCCUGCUGCACUCCCUGGGAUGCCCCGGGCACCCCCGGCUGCCCUCCUGCCUGCUGCACUCCCAGGGGUGCUCCGGGCACCCCCGACUGACCCCCUGCCUGCUGCACUCCCUGGGGUGCCCCGGGCACCCUCGGCUGCCCUCCUGCCUGCUGCACCCUCCGGGGUGCCCCGGGCACCCCCGGUUGCCCCCCUGCCUGCUGCACUCCAUGGGGUGCCCCGGGCACCCCCGGCUGCCCCCCUGCCUGCUGCACUCUCUGGGGUGCCCCGGGCACCCCCGGCUGCCCUCCUGCCUGCUGCACUCCCUGGGGUGCUCCGGGCAUCCCCGACUGACCCCCUGCCUGCUUCACUCCCUUGGGUGCCCCGGGCACCCUCGGCUGCCCUCCUGCCUGCUGCACCCCCCGGGGUGCCCCGGGCACCCCCGGUUGCCCCCCUGCCUGCUGCACUCCCUGGGGUGCCCUGGGCACCCCCAGCUGCCCUCCUGCCUGCUGCAACCCCUGGGGUGCCCCGGGCACCCCCGGCUGACCCCCUGCCUGCUGCACUCCCUUGGGUGCCCCGGGCACACUCGGCUACCCUCCUGCCUGCUGCACCCCCUGGGGUGCCCCGGGCACCCCCGGUUGCCCCCCUGCCUGCUGCACUCCCUGGGGUGCCCCGGGCACCCUCGGCUGCCCUCCUGCCUGCUGCACUCUCUCGGGUGCCCCAGGCACCCCCGGCUGCCCCCCUGUCUGCUGCACUCUCUGGGGUGCCCCGGGCACCCCCGGCUGCCCCCCUGCCUGCUGCACUCCCUGGGGUGCCCGAGGCACCCCCGGCUGCCCUCCUGCCUGCUGCACUCCCUGGGGUGCCCGGGACACCCUCGGCUGCCCUUCUGCCUGCUGCACCCCCUGAGGUGCCCCGGGCACCCCCGGUUGCCCCCCUGCCUGCUGCACUCCCUGGGGUGCCCCGGGCACCCUCGGCUGCCCUCCUGCCUGCUGCACUCCCUGGGGUGCCCCGGGCACCCCCGGCUGCCCCCCUGCCUGCUGCACUCCCUGGGGUGCUCCGGGCACUCUCGGCUGCCCCCCUGCCUGUUGCUCUCCCUGGGGUGCUCCGGUCACCCCCGGCAGCUCCCCUGGCUGCUGCUCUCCUUGGGGCGCCCCGGGCACCCAGGGCUGCCCCCCCACCCGCGGAGUUCUCGGGGGUGUCUCGGUCACCCCCGGCUGCCCCUCCGCCUGCUGUGCGGCAGCUCCGCUUCCAGUUCGCCCUUGCGUCUUACGAGCGUGUCCGACCUCCAGCUGCCCCCGCGCCGGCAGCUCCCGCCGCUCCCCCUCCGACAGCUCCUGCUGCCCUCCCCCCGACAGCUCGAGCUGCCCUCCUGUUGGCAGCUCCUGCCGCUCCUCCCCCGGCAGCUCCUGCUGCUCUCCUGCCUGCAGCCGGACUUGGCUCCCUGAUUAGUCCUGCUGCACCUCUGGCAUUAGCUCGGCCAUCUCCACAUCCACCGCUUGCUGCUCCCUUGCCGGCAGCUGCCCCACCCCCGGCGGCUUCUGCCGCUCUUCCCUUGGCAGCUCCAGCUGCUCUCCCCCAGACGGCCCCUGCUGCCCUCCUGCCUGUGGCCAGGCCUGGUUUCCCGAUUGGUCCUGCUGUGCCUCUGGCUGUAGCUCGGCCAUCUCCACUUCUACCGCUUCCUGCUCCCUUGCUUGCUGCUCCCUUGCCGGCAGCUCCUGCUGCUCUUCCCUUGGCAGCUCACGCUACUCUACCCCGGCCGGCUCCUGCUGCCCUCCUGCGUGUGGCCGGGCACGGUUCCCCGAUUGGUCCUGCUGCACCUCUGGCUGUAGCUCGGACAUCUCCACUUCUACCACUUGCUGCCCCCCAGCCGGCAGCUCCUGCUGCCCUCUCGCCGGCACCUCCAACUGCCCUCUCGCCGGCACCUCCUGCUGCCCUCUCGCCGGCACCUCCUACUGCCCUCUCAUUGGUGCCUCCUGCUGCCCUCCCGCUGGCAGCUCCUGCUGCCCUCCCGUUGGCACCUCCUGCUGCCCUCCCGCUGGCACCUCCCGCUGCCCUCCUGCCUGCAGCUCCUGCUGCCCCCCCGCCGGCAGCUCCAGCUGCCCUCCCGCCAGCCGCUCCUGCUGCUCUCCCUUCGGCAGUACCUGCUGCUCGCCUGCCGAGCGCGCCUGCCGCCCUCUUGCCUGCGGCUCUUGCUGCCCUCUCGCCGGCAGCUCCAGCUCCCCUCUCGCCGGCAGCUCCUGCUCCCCUCUCGCCGGCAGCUCCUGCUCCCCUCCCGCCGGCCGCAUUUGCUGCUCCCUUGCCUGUGGCUUCCGGGCCUCCCCCAACAGCCAGUUCUGCUGCCCCCCCUCUUGCCUCGAGGGAUGUGUCCCCGCUGGACUCCACUGCUGCCCUUCCGCCUGGGCUCUCCGUCUCUGUUCCUGCCUUUGGGCCAAGCGAGGCCCGCGCGGAGCUGUGA